UUGGGUCAAACUUUAAUUAUAUAUCUUCGUUUCACACCUGAUCUAUGAUCUCUAUCUCUUCUCUGUACCAUUGAAAGGUUUGAGAAUCUUUGGAUUUAGGAAGCGAAAUUUGGUGAGCGUCAUGAGGAUAUGGCUGCAGCUUAGUUUUGUUGUUGUAGUACUACUGGUUGUUGUGUUUCAGAGUAGCGAAGCCUAUGGCUAUGGAGGAAUUUCUCAUGAAAUAGGGAAAAAGAUUGAUAGAAUAAAUAAGAUGGGUCCAUACUUAGGUAUUGUGGUGCCAAACUCCUUCGAGAUGGACCCUCUUCUCCAGUCUCCCAGCUUUGUGGCUGAUGAAAAGUUUCCCUUCUUGGACUUUUCAGGAAGAAGGUUUCGAUUUGGAGAGCUGGCAAAUGAGAAGGUUAUUGUUGUUAUGACAGGAUUGAGCAUGCUUAAUGCAGGUAUAGCCACACAAUUACUGCUAAUCCUUUUCAAAGUGAAAGGUGUUGUGCACUAUGGAAUUGCUGGAAAUGCAAAUCCUAAUCUCCAGGUUGGAGAUGUUACUGUUCCCCAAUAUUGGGCUCAUACAGGUCUUUGGAACUGGCAGAGGUAUGGAUUUGGGCAAAAUGAUGAGUUAGCCUUGGAAUCUAAUGGAGAUUACACAAGAACUAUUGGUUACCUGAGAUUUUCUGAUUACAACAAUGUAACUGAUCAAAAUGGGAAGCGUGGGGGGAAUUUUCUGAACAAUGUUUGGCAUCAACCAGAAGAGAUCUUCCCAGUUUACGGAACUCCAGAAGUCAGACAGCAUGCCUUUUGGGUUCCUGUCGACAAGCAUUACUUCACAGUUGCAAAGAAACUCAAGAACUUGAAGUUGGGGAGUUGUGUAAACACAACUUGUCUGCCAAGAACACCAGUUGUUGUGAGAGUCAAGAGGGGGAUCAGUGCCAAUGUUUUUGUGGACAACAGCGCCUACAGAUCAUUCUUGAAUACGAAAUUUAAUGCCACUUCAAUCGACAUGGAGAGUGCUGCGAUUGCUUUGGUUUGUCUUCAACAGAAGACACCUUUUAUUGCAAUCAGAUCUCUCUCUGAUUUGGCUGGUGGGGGCUCAGCUUUGUCCAAUGAAGCCAAUAUCUUCUCCUCAUUGGCAGCUCAAAAUGCUGUUGAUGCCGUUGUUAGGUUCAUCACCCUAUUGUAUUAGUUACUAGUUUUAUUAUAUUCUUGUAUGCAUCAAAUUAAAGGUCUUAUUCAAAAACUCCAUAAUCUUCUAUCAAUA